UGCAGAAGAGACCAGCCUCGGACAUCAAAUGACAUUUGUAACGGAGGCGCCGCCAAAGGGGACGGGACUGACUCAUAACACGUUCAUAUGAGCAGUAGGGAGAUGCUGACAGGACAGAGGCUCUGCCAGUCAAAGUCCCACCAGGACUCGGUCCUCUCCGCCCUCAACCAGCAGAGGAAGGACGGUCUGCUGUGUGACGUCACCCUGGUGGCCGGUGAGCAGAAGUUCCACGCCCACAAAGCCGUCCUGGCAGCAUGCAGCGAUUAUUUUAGGGCCAUGUUCAGCUUAUGCAUGGUGGAGAGUGAGGCAGACGAAGUGACUCUGCAAGGAGUGACCAGCGUUGGACUAAAGCAUGCUUUAGACUUCGCCUACACUGGACAGAUCCUGCUGGAGCCGGCAGUGAUCCAGGACGUCCUGUCUGCAGGCAGCCACCUUCAGCUGCUGGAGCUCCUGAGCCUCUGCUCCCACUACCUCAUCCAGGAGCUGAGCAGCGUGAACUACCUGGAGCUGUACCGCGUGGCCGACCUCUUCCACCUCCCCGCCUUAGAGGAGGCCGUGGUGGGCUUCCUGGUGGAGCAUCUGUCUGAGCUGAGCCAGAGCCGGCAGGAUGAGGCCCUGCAGCUGCCCUACCGCCUCCUCAGGGAGGUGCUGAAGAGCGACCGCCUCACCUCCCUGAGUGAGGAGGAGAUAUGGAAGCUGGUCGUUCUCUGGUUGGAACAUGACUGUCGCUACCAGUACACUGAGGAUCUUCUACAACACGUCCGCUAUGGCCUGAUGGACGUCCCCACCCUGCACCACCUUGCUCAUAGCCACCCCCUGGUCCAGUCCAGCCCUACUGCUGCUGCCCUGGUGGAUGAGGCCCUAGACUAUCAUCACGCCACCUUUGCCCAGCCUCUCCGCCAGUCAGCCCGUACCAGGCCUCGCUUCCAGUCCCUCACUCUCUACAUAGCUGGAGGGCGGAAGCGGGAGGUGAGCAGAGUCAGGGAGCUGCGGUACUUCAAUCCAGCUGCACAGGAGCAUGUACGCGUUGCGGGUGGAUCGAACUGGAGCGAACUGGCGCCCAUGCCCACUGGGCGCAGCCACCACUGUGUGGCUGUAAUGGGGAACUUCCUAUUUGUUGUGGGAGGUGAGGUGGAGCAUGCCACCGGAAGGACGUGUGCAGUAAGGACUGCCUGUAGGUACGACCCCAGGGGCAACCGGUGGACUGAGAUGGCCCCCAUGAAGGCCUGCAGAGAACACUUUGUCCUGGGAGCUCUGGGUCAGUACCUGUAUGCAGUGGGAGGCAGGAACGAGCUGAGGCAGGUGCUGCCCUCUGUGGAGCGCUACUGUCCCAGGAGGAACAAAUGGAUGUUUGUCCAACCCUUUGACCGCUCACUGUCCUGCCACGCCGGCUGUGUGGCUGACAACCUGCUCUGGAUCUCAGGUGGUGUGACAAACACAGCUCAGUACCAGAAUCGACUAAUGGUGUACGAUCCAGAACAGGACCAGUGGUUGGCCCGCAGUCCCAUGUUGCAGAGGCGAGUUUACCACGUCAUGGCGGCAGUGAGGAGGCAGCUCUACGUGCUAGGUGGCAACGACCUGGACUACAACAACGACCGCAUCCUCGUCCGCCACAUCGACUCUUACAACAUGGACCUGGACCAGUGGACUCGCUGUUCCUUCAGCCUCCUCACGGGUCAAAAUGAAUCUGGAAUAGCGGUCCACGAUGACAGGAUCUAUGUGGUUGGAGGGUACUCCAUUUGGACCAACGAGCCUCUGGCAUGCAUUCAGGUGCUGGAUCUGAGCACAGAGGGGAAGGAGGAGGUUUUCUACGGGCCAACGUUGCCAUUCGCCUCCAAUGGUAUAGCGGCUUGUUUCCUCCCUGCUCCUUACUUCACCUGCCCUAACCUACAGACUCUACAAGUUCCCCAUCACAGAAUAGGUGCUGUUUAAACCACUGAUGAACAAAAUGUCAGAAAACAUGAACACAUAAUCAGGAGGAUGGAGGAGCCUCGACUCAGAUCUGGACAGUCGGUAUUUACUAAUGUGACGGACAAAAAUUGCACCUGAUCGUAGUAACCAUCAGGAACCUGCCACCUCUGUCACAUGAGUGCGCAGGGAUUUCUUUGAGACCCAGAUGUAAUAACAUGACUUUCCUGAUCUACAAGAGCCAUGUUAUUGUACAAGCUUCUAGGAAACUCAGACACAAGCAGCUGUUACAGUAAUACAGCAUUACUGUUGUAUUUCCCCAAAGACAGACGCCAUUCAUGAUGUCCAGUGAAGACACGAUGAGCACGUUAAGGAAAAACAGAACUCCGGAGGGAUUAUUAUUCCCUGAGAAGACAGGGCUUGUGGUGAAUUGCUUAAUUGCCCACGAGUUCAAAGAAACUGUCCUUUUUUUUUAACCCAUUACAGGGCUAUAGGAGCUUUUCCAGCUCAAAUAACUAUAUAUCA